AUGAUCGUUAAAACCGUUUUGCUGCUGCUUUGCUGUGCUACCGGAUUGCUUCAGGGGGAGCAAGUCCGGUACGAUAACUACCGCGUGUACGAAGUGUCGAUCGCUGAUCGAACGCAGCUCGAAGCGCUCCAGUAUCUGGAACGCUAUCCCGAUGGAUACCUCUUUUGGGAGUCCCCUGUGCAGACGAACAUGAAGUUGAACAUUGUGGUGCCACCGCACAAGUACGCCGAGUUUGAAGAGAUGAGCAACCAGCUUGCGCUCAAGAACCGUUUGCGUAUAUCGAAUCUCCAAGAGGUCAUCGAUCAAGAAAGCCCGAAACGAUCGCGACGUGCUUUCGAUUGGAAGGAGUAUCAAACGCUGGACGAAAUCUACAGCUGGCUCGAUGAGAAGGUGGCCGAGUUCCCUGCGAUCGUGUCGGUGCAAACGGUCGGCAAGUCGUACGAGGAUCGUGAUAUUAAGGCGGUAAAGAUUUCGUACAAGGAAGGUAAUCCAGGUAUCUUUAUUGAGUCAAACAUUCAUGCCCGUGAGUGGAUCACAUCUGCCACUGUGACGUGGUUGAUCAAUGAGUUCCUUACGUCCACUGCACCGGAGGUGCGUGAGUUGGCAGAGAACUAUGACUGGUACAUACUGCCGGUGGUUAAUCCGGAUGGUUUCAACUACACCAAGACCACCAACCGGCUGUGGCGCAAGAACCGUUACCCGCACAAUGUGCUGUGCUACGGUGUAGACAUGAACCGUAACUUCCCCGGACAUUGGAUGGAGGGUGGUGCCUCGGCCGUCCCUUGCACGGACACGUACGCUGGACCGGAAGCUGGUUCGGAAAUCGAAACGCAACACAUCAUGAACUACUUCGUGAGCGUGAAGGAUAAGGUGAAGGCUUACCUGUCGUUCCAUUCGUACGGUCAGUACAUCCUGUUCCCGUACGGUCAUCAGAAUGCGGAGUACUCCGAAAACUACUACGACAUGAUGGAGAUGGGUGAGGCGGCCGCUGUUGCUAUUUACAAUCGUUACGGCACGCCGUACGAGUUCGGCACUACGGCUGAUGUGUUGUAUAUUGCAUCGGGCUCUUCGCCGGACUGGGCGCACGGUACGCACGGCACGCCGGUCGCUGCCACUUUCGAGUUCCGCGAUAAUGGCUACCACGGAUUCAUCCUGCCCCCGGACCAGAUCAUCCCGAACGCGAUGGAGGUGCUGGACGGGCUGGUAGCCUUCUGCCGCAAGGGAAAGGAGCUCGGACACUUAACGGUGUAAUCGGUGAUUUGCGGUACAUUGUGAACGAUCUAUAGUAACAGAUUAGAUUAGCGUGAUAUAUAAUAAUAACAAUAAAAAACACAUACUCACGUUUGCUCAUUGAUUA